CCUUCUACAAAAAAAAAUAGAUUUCCUUUUACCGAAAUUCCAAAAAGUUCUCCACCUAGAUUCCAAAUAGAAAAAACUAUUGGUUAAACUUCUUCAUCCUUAAUCAAAAGUUUCGAAUUUGAGUCUUGGGUGUUGGGAGAGCUACCUCUUAAUGGUUCCUGCAACAUGCGAUUCGAAUUAGUCGGGCUCUAAUAUGGAUAGUUGUGAUUCGAAUUAGUCGGGUUCUAAUGUGGAUACCGAACAUGGAUGAAAAAAUCAAAAAAAAAAAAAAAGAAAUAAAAAAUGAUUAAUUUAUGUGGGUUUUUUCUAAGAACACCUGUCAACUCUUGAGCUAAGCUUGCUGCCACUUUUCUCACCUUCUUACCUGUACACUUCACACCUGGACAUGUUGCAUAAAAUUUGUCACCCAAACAACCAAGUGAAAGUAAUUGACAUUGGAGAAAUUUCCAACAUUCCCAUGGAAGAAAAAGAUGAGCUUGAGGAGAAAGAAUAUGUUGAUGACAAUGAAGAUGAACUGAAAAACAAUAAUUUAGCCAUGCAAAACACAUCAAGUUGGUUCUCAAAAAUGAUAUCUUUACAAGCAGAGAUCAUGACUACUAUCUUAAUUUCUCUAGUUUCACCCAUUUUCUACAUCCUCUCUUUUGCUAAUUCUGAGUACUACAACUUGCUCCCUCCUGAACAAGAAACUGAAAAGAAAGUCACUGUAGCUGUAAAUGCUGUAGCUACAGUCCCUUCAAAGUUAGUUGAUGGAGGUACCCUUCUUCUAAAGAAAUUUGGGGUUGGAAUUCUCGGGGCUGCUUAUGUUUGUAUGAUUUUGACAACGUUGUUGAUUGUGUCUGGGAUUUUGGGAUUUGGGUUUGUGAGGAUGUGGAUGGAAGAGCCUGUGGUUUUGAGAGAGGAGCUAUAUUUUGAUUAUGCAGAUGUUCAUCCAAAGGCUGUAUUUUCUUUUGGUGGAAGAAUGGAAGGUUAUAAUCGUAAUGAUCAUAGAAGUAUUGGUGUGCCUGUUGGGCAUACAAUGUAUGUUUCUUUGUUUCUACUCAUGCCUGAAUCUGGUUUUAAUAGAGACAUUGGUGUUUUUCAGUUGGUUGCAGAAUCAUUAUCAAAAGAGGGGCUGGUAAUGGCAAGGUCAAGUCAUCCAUGUAUGUUGCGAUUCAGAAGCCUGCCAAUCCGGCUAAUGCGAGAAUUUAUGAUGAGUGUGCCCUUAGUACUUGGACUUACAGCCGAAACGCAGAGGAUUAUCGUUCCAAUGUUAAAGCACACGGAAAGUCUUCCAAGGACAGAAGCAAUCAGAAUAACUAUGAUGCCUCGAGCUGGAACUUUGGCCCUGCCUCAACUUUAUCAGUCAGAGAUCAUAUUGCAAUCGCAGCCUCCUUGGUAUAAAAACUUGGUUUACAAGUGGAAAUGGACAUUUUCUGUCUGGACCUCGAUGUAUUUGUAUGUCACUAUGCUCCUAAUUCUACUCAACUGGUGUAGACCGCUCAUCUUUCCAGGGAUAGCGACAAGCUUUAUGACUACCGCUGAUGUGGAUUUAACAGUAGAAGCACCGGAAGAACCACAAGAGAAGGCUCGAGAAGAAAGUGAUGUGUCCGAAUCGGUCAGAAGAUGGAGCCAGACCAGAAGAAAGAGGAAGGUGAUGCUUCAACGAAGUGUGUCACGGGAACUCGCGGAUGAUUCUGCAUCGAGCAUUUCCAUAACUAGGGAAGACACAGCUGAUUCAAGCGGCUGAAGUUUUUUUCUAUAGGUUUAGUGACAAGACAGUGCUGUUUCAGUAUUUUUUUUAUUUUUUUUUUUUGUUUAAUUUCUCUAUUCGUUUCAGCAGUUAGAAGCGUGCGUUUUCCUACGUCUAGCAUAAAUUUCUGGAUCUUGUUCUGUUUGAGCAACCAAAUCACAAGACUCGAGAUUUUCUGUAGAUAGAGAAGUUUACGGUGUCGACUUUGGACACAGUUGGGUGUAUGUAGUGGAAAUAGUUGCACGCUAACGUUGCAAAAACUCUUGCAAUUUUCUUUUGUUGGAA